AUGCGCCUCUGCUUAGCCUCGACCGCACUCGCUGCAGUGGUUGCAACAUCCUUCCUCCCUUCGGCCUGGGCACAGUCAACCGCCAACAUCACCUUCUCGAAUCUGACCACACCCUACAACCCGAGCGCGAUCAACCUCGAUACGGGCGCGAAUCUGACGACCACACUCAAGGCCGUAUGGACCCGCAACCAGUCUCAGGGGGUGUUCAAUGUGCGUGAAACACAUUCCCUACUACAAAUAAUGGUUUCCAAUUCACCUCUCCGCGCUUUGAUAUCAACAGGACGGGCUCAAGUUGCUCGCGGGCGAGGUGUCGGGCGCCACGCUCUACGUCAGUACCAGUACCUCAGCUCGCCCCCACUGAUCUUUCCCAUCCGCAACAUCCUUGACCAACACUGCGCUGACCACAACCACAUCUCUCAACGCAGGGCGCGCUGUUACGCUUCGAUACCAGCUCAUACAUCGAUGCAAAUUCGACCUCCGAUAUCCCCUUUGUCGCGCUCGUGUCGUGUGAUCAACCCGAGACGACCACGGCACCGACAAACUCUUCCACCUUGAGCCCCAACGCGAGCAUGUCCAUCUUUGACGCUGCAGCAAAGCUUGGGGCCCAAGCCGUCAUUCUCUACUCGAGCUCGAGCCAGGUUCGUUCAACAAAAGUGGAUGUAGUAUCAGAUAUCCUUCGAUCGUAAAGCUAAUUUCGUUGAGGGACCGACCAUAACACAGUCUUGCAUUCUCAAUCUCAACAUGACGGACAACUCGACUCUAGCACUGCCGGUCUACUCUCUUCCUUCACAAGCUUCGACAAACAUGUUGUUGCAGCAAUACAAGUGCGCCUCAUAGACCCAGAACACGAUCGGAGCCCUCGCAUGCAGCGAACGAGCCGUAGUUGACCUCUCUCCCCUCCUCCCAACAGCAACAUCGCCGAUGCCUACCAAACCUUCAACUCAACCGCCCUAGCCGAAUUGACAGGGUCCUCCUCCUCCCUCGUAUCGUCGAACUCGUCCGAGCCUGUCCCCUUCCUCGUGGCCGUCAUCACUUCGAACCAAACUUUCGAGAACACCUCCCCCAUCGUCGCGACGAUAGGAAGUGUAGUACCUGCCGCUUCAACGACGACGGCGAAGGGGCCCGCGUCCACGACGGGUACGACCCCUACGACGACGACGGGUGCGAAUGGGACUUCUUCAACACCUAGUUCGACGCCAAGGUCAGGUGCGGGCAGGGUUGGGUUUGGGGGGGUCGUCUUGUCUAUUAUAGGCGGUCUUACGCUUUUGGCGCAGUUUAUGAUGUAAUCCGCACGCACGAAACCUUGCAGGUCUCUCAAGUUCAUUUCCGUUUGGCGACUUGCUUCUGCGAGGGACCUCACCUUCUCUCCUUGGGUCCUUGGGAUUGCUCCAUCGAGGUAUACCACUUGCGUCCUCGAUCAACGUCCACGCCCACAACCGGUCCCAAUCUUGCGUGAUGUGCCUCACGAACGCAAGAUUGGGACAUUUUUCGAUGGCCGCUGUUUCGCCCGCCGUCUUGGGGUUGCUCUUUCUCCGGCCCUAUUACACAUCGCCUUUCCGGACUUUGUGCGCAUUCUCUUCUUACAUUCGAGCUGAAAGAUUUCUCGCCGCGGCGGAUUCUGAUCAGAACCUUGAGAACCGAUCACCCAAACGACCUUCGAGGAUCUCUGGGCGUCUAUCGGUCUUGGUGGGUAUGGUCGAUUCUGUUGCAAGGUCGAUGAGUCCUACACCAGUGGCCUAG